AGGGUACAACUUUGUUCAGGCAACAGGGAGGCAAUCAGCAGAAUUCAAUCGAACAACACAUUUCUUGUGGACUUCAAAGGUCCAAGAUCGUAUUAAAACCAAAUUAUGGCUAACCUUUUAAAGCUUUCACUGGAACUUGCGGGAAAAGUUUCUUCACCUCUGCUCAGUGCAAGACCAGCAUUGAUUGGAAACCGUAAUUUCCAUUUCACCGUUGAUGGGCGCAAGAAUGACCCUAAGAUAGGAACAGAUCAAAUCUCCAGAGACUACCCAGUUGUUGAUCAUACAUAUGAUGCAGUUGUUGUUGGUGCUGGUGGUGCUGGACUUCGUGCAGCUUUUGGAUUAGUUGAGAAGGGAUUCAGAACUGCUGUUAUCACCAAGCUGUUCCCCACAAGAUCACACACAGUUGCUGCUCAAGGUGGCAUCAAUGCAGCCCUUGGAAACAUGGAAAAAGAUGAUUGGAAGUGGCAUAUGUAUGAUACUGUUAAAGGGUCAGAUUGGUUGGGUGAUCAAGAUGCCAUUCAUUACAUGACCAAAGAAGCUCCACAUGCUGUUAUCGAGUUGGAGAAUUACGGCAUGCCAUUUAGCCGGACUCAGGACGGAAAAAUCUAUCAGAGGGCUUUCGGUGGACAGUCGUACAACUAUGGCAAAGGAGGGCAGGCUCACAGAUGCUGUUGCGUUGCUGAUCGUACUGGUCAUUCCCUUCUUCACACUUUGUAUGGACAGUCCUUGCGCUACGACUGUAAUUACUUUGUUGAGUAUUUUGCAUUGGACUUGCUUAUGGAAGAGGGCGAGUGCCGUGGUGUGAUUGCCCUUUGCCUUGAGGAUGGAUCCAUUCAUCGUUUCCGAUCCAAGAAUACUGUGCUAGCCACUGGUGGUUACGGCCGAACCUACUUUUCUUGCACAUCAGCCCACACCUGCACUGGAGACGGUAACGCUAUGGUUUCACGUGCUGGACUUCCCCUUCAGGAUUUGGAGUUCGUUCAGUUCCAUCCGACUGGAAUCUACGGUGCUGGUUGUCUCAUUACUGAGGGUUGCCGUGGUGAAGGUGGCUACCUCAUUAACAGUGAAGGCGAACGAUUUAUGGAACGAUACGCUCCCGUGGCCAAGGAUUUGGCCUCGCGUGAUGUCGUUUCUCGCGCAAUGACUAUCGAAAUCCGAGAAGGACGUGGUUGCGGUCCUGAGAAAGAUCAUGUAUUCCUUCAGCUUCACCAUCUCCCUCCUCAACAGUUGGCUGAACGCCUUCCUGGCAUUUCCGAGACUGCUAUGAUUUUUGCCGGUGUUGACGUUACUCGUGAACCCAUUCCGGUUCUGCCCACUGUCCAUUACAAUAUGGGUGGUGUUCCCACAAACUUCAAGGGUCAGGUAAUCACGCACAAAGAUGGGGCUGAUGUAGUUGUACCGGGUCUGUACGCUGCCGGAGAAGCGGCUUGCGCAUCCGUACAUGGCGCCAAUCGUCUGGGGGCCAAUUCUUUGCUGGAUUUGGUCGUUUUUGGUCGAGCAUGUGCGCUAACUAUUGCCGAAGAAAACAAGCCAUCAGAAACAAUCGGAAAAUUGAGUCCGAAUGCUGGAGAAAGUUCCGUCGCGAACUUGGACAAGCUUCGUUUUGCCAACGGCCAUGUUAGCACCGCCGAACUUCGCGGUAAAAUGCAGAAAACUAUGCAGAAUCACGCAGCCGUCUUCAGGACGGGCAACGUCUUAGCAGAGGGUUGCCAAAAGAUGUCAGAAUUAUGGCCUUCGCUGCACGAUAUCAAGGUGGCAGAUCGUGGCCUAGUCUGGAACUCUGACCUGGUUGAGACCCUUGAACUGCAAAAUCUUAUGGUUAACGCAGUUCAAACCAUCUAUAGCGCCGAAGCAAGAAAAGAAUCGCGAGGUGCUCAUGCCCGUGAAGAUUUCAAAGACCGUAUCGAUGAAUAUGACUUUAAAAAGCCAAUUGAUAGUCAACAGAAGAAACCCCUCGAUCAACAUUGGCGAAAACACACGCUCUCCUGGUGUGACCAAGAGAAGGGAGACGUUACCCUGAAAUAUCGACCCGUCAUUGAUGAAACAUUAGACGAGAAAGAGUGUGCGACAGUCCCUCCUGCAUUGCGUGUUUAUUAAUUUCUAUCCGGUAGCCUGAUUUCUGUACCACAGAUUUGUGGUGAAUUCCUGUAUCUAUCGCCAUGUUCUGCUGUAGCCACUGCAAAUAGACUAAAUAAAUUUUACUGAGGUGUUCCAGAAAA